AUGGCGGCGCAAGCCACUGGGGUCUUUGACCCAAACGAGUACUAUCGACUUACGAACCUCGCGCUGGGCGGCGAGUACUCUCUCGAUGUCGACGCUGAAAAUAUGAAGCAGAUCCCCGAUGGCAAGUUGGGAAUGGCGGCGUCAGGGCUGUAUCUAGGGCAAAUCUAUCAGGUCCUUGAGAACCCAGACGAUCCAGGCCAUUAUUGGUUCGCGAGCUCCUGGCUGGGCGCGAAAAAGAAAAUGGAUGCCGUUCUCAACGAGAAAGGGGAUUACGCACCGUUUUUAAUGAACUACACGACGCAGUACAACCAGACGUGGGGACUCACAAAUCACACUGACGUGAUCAACAACCGCACAACAUGGACGAUAAUGCCGGAUUGGUUUGGCGGCGUUGGAACAAGCAUGGUCAUGAGCGUGUAUAACGACACAAAACAGCCCUACCUGGCUGUUCCGGGGCCAAAUCCAGACCUGGGGAACGGGGAUAUCAACCAGGCAUGGUUCAUCACGAAGGAGGAGGUGACCAUCGAUGAUCCGUCAUUUUCAAUCACAAAUUUGCCAGCACUGGCUACCGCUGUCCCAACACUACCUGAUGGGGUGACACUACCGGCUACUGCGACAGCAACGCCUACAUCAGACUCGGAGGGAUCGAGUGAAACGGAUCACCUCGCCGGCCCAAUAAUCGCCGCCGCCGUGGUCCCAACCGUAACGGUGUUCCUCUCUGUAUUAGCUUUCAUCGCCUUCAUCUGUCUUCGCCGCCGAAGGGCGAGGAGGAGGGCGCGAAACAUGCCGUACGGCAGCGGGUCGGCUGCCGCAGCGUCCAAAGACGGACUCGCAUCCGAGAUCCUAGGCACAUUCAGUGCGGAGACAUUGGGUCAUUGGCGUCGACACAAUUCCUUGAAGGAGAAGGGCAAGCCGUUCUCUCAGAGCGUCGCCAGCAGCCACCUGAGCGAGCCUCGGUUACCACGUCUGCCUGAAGACAGCGCCAUGUCGAUUAACCCCCACGCACAUCCACUAAGGCCUCCCCCGUUACGAACACCAUCCAAUAGUCGUGGUAUUGCGCAACUCGAUGGGAGACCAAAAUUCUUCGGGUCCUCAGCUCUGGGACUGUCCGAAACUGAUACAACUCUGACCAGUCAAGAUCUGUAUCAUAUGCAGAUUGAGGAACUGAGUGGGGUUUCACCAACAAGAAAACCACCGUGGAUGGAGGAACGAAGUCCUAGUGUUAUGGAAGGAAAGGGGAUGGAAGUUCUGUCGGGCGAGAUGCGGAAUCACGAACACAGAAAGAGAAGAAACGAUAGGCCACAAAGUCUUUUCGAGUUGGACAAUACCCGACCGACGAGCAGAUAUGAGCUGGAAUGA